UGAUCAUCUAAAAGGUAAGAUCAAAAGAGCUGAUAUUACAGGUGCGAAACUAUUGUUUUUUCGACAUAGACACUGUGAUCCCUACAGUUGAUGAUUGAUAUCAAAUUAUUGACAUUGAUAUAAUAGCCACGGGUAUUAUUUGAACAUUUAAGGUGCAUUUGGUGACAUUUUUAUCGAAAUUAACAAUGUCUUACAGAGUAGGAUAUACCCUAGCUAGCACGCCAUCUACACAGACGAUGAGGACUUCAUUCCAGCGUGAUCGAGUUGCACCAGUUAUGUCAAUGAAUAGAAUUGCACAGUUAGCUUGUGAAAGAUUUCUAGUGCUGAUGAACGAAACACUCCUCAUCAAAGAACAUCGCUUGUCUAAUAUGAGUCAAGUCCUUAAAUACCUCAACGGUAUGCAUGAGGAUGUUGGCAUGUCCGGCGACAGAGGCGACUUCUAUCGGAGAAAACUUGCGGAACAAAUAUUUUUGAAGUUUGGAAUAUCCGGCGUAAAUCAUACAAAUGUGAUAGUUCUUGUUGAAUCAGCAAUCAGUUUGGAGAGAGCAUCACGGCAGUUGAUGAGUGAAGGAGGUCUGACUAGAGAUGCACCACCAAUAGAUAUUGAUGAAACAGUUCUGGACAUUCUCGCAAGACUUGCAGAUAUGUUUUAAUGACGCAAUAACAAUCAAUCCUUGCAAUACGAUAGCAUUUAUGUAAUGUAUCAUUGAUUCUAACAUGUUUUGUUUUUUUGUUUAUUUCAUUUAAUUAUUUUAAACAACAAAGAAAGAAGUAGAAUAAAACAAAUUUGCUUUAUAAAUAUAAAAUAUGAUAUUUUUUUAAAGUUUGCUUUGAAUGUUCAUUAAUUGGCAUCUCACAGAAAACGUACUCAUGUUUUGUCCAACUCAUGUUUUGUCCAAAAACAUAAGUAGCAAUACGUAAUUUUUUUUUUUUUUUACAUGGAACGGACGCAAAGUUUUGAACCCGGUCAGCUUUUCUAUUUUGUAAAACCGUAUUUGAUUAAUGAAAUAUUUGAAUAAUUAUUAUUAUAUAUAAAGAAAGUCUUGUUUUAGUAUCUUAAUGUUUCUCGAUUUUUUUAAUGAUUAUUGAAAUUAGCAUUUUUAUAUUAAAAUGAUUUUUUAACAUUCAAGAAACAUCCAAAGAUUUAAUAUUGUAUAUUUUAUAGAAUGUGAAGUUCAGCAAACUUGAAUGGUUUUCCUGGUCACAUAAAUCACAUUAUAUAUUUAUUUUUAUGUAUCAUUGUUGUCAUGUUUUCUUUUAAUAAAACAAAUUUAUGAUCGA